AUGGCAGCUGUACCCUCAGACUCAGCGGGGGGCCCCCUCGAUGAGGUGGAGUUGUUGGGGGCCCCCCCCUCUCCCUCAUCAGCUGAACCCCCUGGGGGCCCCCAGGGGGCCCCCCGUAGGGGGGGCCCCCAGGGGGCCCCCUCUUCUGGUGAUGGCGAUGAAGAGCUCGUGUUUGACGAUGGGGCCCUGCAUGCAGACGAUAUGGACUAUGGGGGGGCCCCCUCAGAGUAUAUAGAGAAAGCACUGAACGGGGGGGGGGGCCCCCAAGGAGAUGAAAAUAUAACACAUACAACCCGCAGCUCAAGAAGAAGCCCAAUAGGGGGCAGCAGCAGAAGCAGCAGCAGCAGAAUACCCCUGGAUUCGCUGCAGAUACUGGCGCUUGUUGCUGCUGUUGCUGCUCUUAUGGGGGCUGGGGCCCUGCAGCUGUUUGGGGGGAGGAAAACAAAAACACAGACAGAGGGGGGGGUUGCUGGGGGCCCCCUCACUCCUGCUGCUGCUGCUGGGGGGCCCCUGCUGCUGCAGUACCCACCAACUGAUCCUCGGUGGCAGCUAGCUGACCUACAGACAGAAGCAGCAAGAUUAAAAAGUUUAUGGGGUAAGAGCAGCAGCAAGCAGCAGCAGCAGUUUGUUUAUUUAUAUUUUAAUAAAGAAACAGAAAACAAAGAAGAAAUAGAUAAAGCCAUAGAUGCAUUUAUACACCCAAUGCAGUAUCUCUCGCAGACAGUUGCUGCUCUUGCUGCUGCACAGCAGCAGCAGCAGCAGCAGCAGCAGCAGCAGGAGGUGGAUGAGCAGCAGCAGCAGCAGCAGGAAAAGCAGGAGCAGCAGCUGCUGCUGGGGAUCGCGCUCCUCAAGGGGGGUGUACAGGCAGCCCGCAUGCGGCUGUCUUCGCUGCUGCAUGCUGACGAGCUGCAGCAGCAGCUGCAGCAGCAGCUGCAGCAACUGCAGCAGCAGCAGCAGCAGAGGCAGGAACAAAAACUCCUACUGCAACAGCAACAGAAAAAACAGGAGCAGCAGCAGCAACAGGAGCAGCCGCAGCAGAAGGAUCAAGAGCAGCAGGUGCAGCAACUGCAGCAGCAGCAGCAGCAGAGGCAGGAACAAAAACUCCUACUGCAACAGCAACAGAAAGAACAGGAGCAGCAGCAGCAACAGGAGCAGCCGCAGCAGAAGGAUCAAGAGCAGCAGCAGCAGCAGCAGGAUCAAGAGCAGCAGGAGCAGCAGCAGCAGAAGGAUCAAGAGCAGCAGCAGCAGCAGGAGCAGCAACAGGAUAAAGAGCAGCAGGACCAGCCGCAGCAGCAGGAGCAAGAGCAGCAGCAGGAGCAGCCGCAGCAGCAGGAUCAAGAGCAGCAAGAGCAGCAGCAGCAGCAGCAGCAGCAGCAGCAGGACGAAGAGCAGCAGCAGGAGCAGCAGCAGGAGGAUGAGGAAUUCUUAAUGGAGAAGGAUGAGAUGCUGCAGCAGUAUGCAGCAAAGACAAAGCACUUGCUGUUUGACGAUGGGGGUCAGCUGCUGCUGCUGAUGCAGCUGCAGCAGGAAACAAGAAAGCAGCAGCAGCAACCCGAGCCUAUAGAUGAACCAGAAGAGAAGGGGGUGCCUAAACCCUUCGCGCUGCAGCUGCUGCAUUCUCUUUUUAUUUACGAAGCAGAAAUAGAAACAAACAGAAAAAUACAAGAAGCAUUCAUGCCGUUUGUUUAUAUGCAGCAGGAGCUGCAGGAGGAGGAGGAGGAGCAGCAGCAAGAACAGCAGCAGCAGCAGCAGCAGCAGCAGCAGCAGCAGCAGGAGGGAGAAGGUACCGCAGACUGCUAA